AUGCCGGUGCUGCAGCGGCAACUCCACACGGGAUGCAUCUGCUACGCGCCUAAGCAAAAGGGGAAGAAGGGCGCCGCAGACACGCAGCGCGUGACCGCUGCUGCUGCAGAUAGCGCAGGCGAUGAGCACCUGUUCAACAUUUACGCCGGAAUUCCGGAGGAUCACGUGAUGCUGCCGGACGAGGCGUACCCAUCCUGGCUGUGGCAGUUGGACAAGCCGGACAAGACCUACGGAGAGCUCCUGCAGAUGUUCGUCUACGGCAAGGGCAUCGAGGAUGCGCAGAUGCGCGACUACAACCGUUUCCGGCGGCUGCACAAUCGCCACCUCAUAAAGCUGAACAACAUCCGCCUGCAGAAGGCGCGCAAGUUCCAGAUCAAGGGCCACCUCGAUAGUCUUGUCCUCGUCGCGCACGGUGAACCUUCCCAGCUGCUGGCACGUGUCGAACACCUCCAGGCAGAUGGGCGACGAGACCUUGAGGUGGGCGGUGACGAGGGUGUUGUUCUUCACGAAGGUGGGGUUGAGCUUCUUCUUCUUGGUGGCCUUGUCGGUGGUCUCGAGCAGCUUGUGGAACUGCAUCUCAACGACCACACUAUGGGCGUGCAUGACGCAGAAGUAACCCGAGGUGAUGAGCGGCCUGUGCUCGAGCAGGUCGAUGACCUGUACCAUGGCAAUGAACUCGGUGACCACGGGGCACGGCCUGUCGACGUCACAGAUGAUGGCUCCCUUGCUGAUCUGGUCCUCAUCAAGUCCCACGAUGCGCAGCCUGAUGUUUUCACCGGGUUUCGCGUAGGCGAACUCCUCCUCAUCGAACAGUACAUUUUGCACCUUCACCUUGACCUUUUGCGGCAUGACAAUGCACGUUUGACCUGA